AGGCCGGAAGCGCUCAUCUUCCCCCUCGCCCUCCUCCGCUUACUUCCUCCUGCCCGGCCCAAGCCGCCAGACCGGAAGCGCUUCGCUCUAACCCGAUCCUCCUCAGCUGGGUUGAAACUCGGGGGCUGCAAAGAUGCCGGCUUACCACUCUUCUCUCAUGGACCCCGACACCAAACUCAUUGGAAACAUGGCACUGUUGCCUAUCAGAAGUCAGUUCAAAGGACCUGCGCCUAGAGAGACAAAAGAUACAGACAUUGUGGAUGAAGCCAUCUAUUACUUCAAGGCCAAUGUCUUCUUCAAAAACUAUGAAAUUAAGAAUGAAGCUGAUAGAACCUUGAUAUACAUAACGCUCUACAUUUCUGAGUGUCUAAAGAAACUCCAAAAGUGCAACUCCAAAAGCCAAGGCGAGAAAGAAAUGUAUACACUGGGAAUCACUAAUUUUCCCAUUCCUGGAGAACCUGGUUUUCCACUUAAUGCAAUUUAUGCCAAACCUGCAAACAAACAGGAAGAUGAAGUGAUGAGGGCCUAUUUACAGCAGCUAAGACAAGAGACUGGACUGAGACUUUGUGAGAAAGUCUUUGACCCUCAGAAUGAUAAACCCAGCAAGUGGUGGACUUGCUUUGUGAAGAGACAGUUCAUGAACAAGAGUCUUUCGGGACCUGGACAGUAAAGGGAGCCUGGGCAGACGCUGUCUCCACAGCCGAGGGCUGCAUUUUACAGCAAGAUGUAGAUGUACACAGUUCUUUGCCUUUAUUUCAUAAAGUUUUAUACAGAAGAGAGAAGAGAACAUGUCUUUACUUGAAAAGUUCAUUAUCAAGAAUUUGAGGGGGAGUGGAAUAAUAAGUUGUCAGUGGGUGAUUUGAAAUAUUCUGCAGUAUUAAGCUGGUGCUUAAUAAAUAAUAAUAAAGAAGUUUCUAACAUUUUAUGUCAGGAAAAUGUUAUUGCUUAUCUUUGGCAUUUGUUUAAAAUUUUUGUGAGAUAAUAUCCACCCCUUUAAAGUGUACAAUUCAGUGGUUUUUAGAAUAUACACAAACUUUUGCAACCAUUGCCACUAAAUAAAACUGGAGUUUACCCUGAUGCUCGGUCAACUAGAGUGUUGCCAUUUUGGUUUAUGGGUUAAUGUGUAAUUUUAAUGUACGAGUUUAAUGCUCUUGAGCAUCUGUCCACUGAUGAUCUUAAUUAUGACGUAAGUACCACAUUUCACACACUCAAGAGUAUGAGUAUGUCAAAAUGUACUCCGUAUCCCUGGCUGGUGUGGCUCAGUUGGUUGGAGUGGCGUCCCAUAAAUCAAAAGGUUGCUGGUUCAAUUCCCAGUCAGGGCACAAACCUAGCUUAUGUGUUUGGUGGCCCAUGGGGGUGUGUAUAAGAGGCAACUGAUCGUUUCUCUCUCCUUUCCUUCCUGUCUCUCUAAAAUCAAUAAGCAUGCCCUUGGGUGAGGAUUUAAAAAAAAGUAUACUGUAGAUGUAUGAAAGACAAGUCUUGAAACCAAGUGUUUGUUGGGUGGUUUUUGUUUUAUAAUAUCUCAAAUCAGAUUAUGGGUUUUUGGGUUGAACUUCUGUUACAGGCUCUGAGACAUGUCAGAAAGGAAGAAAGAAAGCCGCAACAAUCCAUCAAGAUUAAAGGUUUGUUUUUAACAGCAGUGCUUUUUUAAAAGUUGUAGGCAGGACCUUUGGGAUUGAAACCAGCUCUCUGUGGUGCCUGUUCCAUUAGUGCCAGCAGGGGGAGCACAGACAGUAAGAGCCAAAGGCUUGGCUUCUAAAACAUUUCCUGUAUAAUGUAGGUGUUUUGUUUUCUUUUUAAUGCACUCAAGAGAACAGUUUCCAAAGGACUUAAAAUAAAUUAUACAAGAAGUAUUAAAAGUACAGUUUUAAUCAACACAUAAUGCUGACAUUAAAAGAAGAUUGUUAUAAGGUACAACUUUUUAGGGAAAGCAGUUUAGUAGUAAUAAGACUGAUUUGUUUUAGGGGUUUUCUUUAUCUUUUUAAAAUUGUGUCAUAUUCUUAAAUGCUCAUUCUUUUUGGUCCAGCAACUCCAGUUCAAGCACUGUCGAAUGCUAAAAUGCAUACACACGUACAUACACCUGGAAAUAAUUUAGACAUUUUUAAAUAGGGAACUGGAUAAGUAAGGUAUGGUACAUCCAUAAAAUGAAAUAUGCAGUCAUUAAAAAAAAAAAAGAGAGACCGUGUCUGUCCUGUCAUGGAAAGAUGCCUAAUUAAACAAACCAUUGAGGAUAGUAUUUAAUCAUUUAAUUUGAUUCCAUCCUUGUCUACUUAAUUGUUUGUACUCCAGGAAAAACUGUGUGAGCAUAUACAUCAAACAGUUAACAGUGAUUUUUUGAGGCAGGAGCAAUUACAAAGACUUGCAUGGUCUAAGUCAUACAUACUAUAAUUCACUCAGAUAUGUGCUAUCUUCAUAACCAGGGGAAAAAACUUUUUAUAGAUAGGAAAUAAAAUUUUAGAAAAAUUUUAUUAGCCAAAAACAGACUGAAGACAAUAAUCACCUUGCUCUUUUUUCUUAAGCAUCCUGUUUAUAUUUACCAUUUUAAUGUGCCACUAAUUACUGUUGUGUGUUGAAAGAUUACAGUACAUGGAAAUACUCAAACAAGAUUUAUGAGAAUUGUUUUAUUCUGCAUUUUUCUUUUCUCCACAAUUGCUAGUACUGAAGCCUUCAAUAAAAAGUUUGGAACUGUGUCCAAAA